CCAUCCCCUCCCAGCAGGCGGCCCGGGCACUGGUUCACUUUUUCCUCCCCACUCCUUCCACUCGCUCACCCCCUUUCCUUCCCCCUUCUCCCCCUCUGUAUAGUCCCACCCCCUCGCCAAUAAAAAGGGCUGGCUCGGCUCUGGCUCCUUGCAGUCGGCGAACUGUCAGGGCGGGAGGAUCCGUGAGCCUGAGCAGCACUCAGCGGCCCGCGCGGCAAAGCAGAAGGCAAGCCUAACAGAGUGCACUGAGUGGCAGUGGCAGCGGUGGCACAGGCAGCCCAGGCAGUCCGGGCAGCCCAAACAGCUUCAGAAACAACCUCUACUACUCCAGCUGCUCCGCGGACUGCGAGCUGUGGCGGUAGAGCCCGCUACAGCAAUCGCAGUCUCCGUGGAGCGGGCGGAAGCCUUUUCUCUCUUUCGUUAACCUCUUCAUUCUACUCAAAAGGCGUCGUUCACUGGGAAAAUCCUUUUGUGAAUAAGGAUUCCACAGAUCACAUGCCAGAGAGGUCUUGCCUCCACUGCUCUCAACUUUGUAUUCUUGUGAAGAAGCUGACAAGCUUGGCUGAUUGCAGAGCACUAUGGCGACUAUACGAAAGUGGGUUUUAAUUCAGAUAUUUCAAGUUUUCUGUGGGUUGAUACAGAGAACCAUCACAAUCGUGCCUGGUAUGGACUUGUUGUCCGGGACGUAUAUAUUUGCGGUCCUGUUAGCAUGCGUCGUGUUUCAGUCUGGCGCCCAGGAGAAAAACUACACCGUCCGAGAAGAAAUGCCAGAAAACGUCCUGAUAGGCGACUUGUUGAAAGACCUCAAUUUGUCGCUAAUUCCCGACAAGUCCUUAACGUCUCCAAUGCAGUUCAAACUCGUGUACAAGACAGGGGAUGUGCCACUGAUUCGUAUUGAAGAGGGUACUGGUGAGAUUUUCACUACUGGCGCUCGUAUUGAUCGUGAAAAAUUAUGUGCUGGUAUCAUGAUGGAUGCCCAUUGCUUUUACGAAGUGGAGGUUGCUGUUUUGCCGGAUGAAAUAUUUAGACUGGUUAAGAUACGUUUUCUGAUAGAAGACAUAAAUGAUAAUGCACCGUUAUUCCCAGCAACGGUUAUCAACAUCUCAAUUCCAGAGAAUUCAGCUAUAAACUCUCGGUAUGCUCUCCCAGCGGCCAUUGAUCCUGACAUAGGAAUAAACGGAGUUCAAAAUUACCAACUAAUUAAGGGUCAAAAUAUUUUUGGGCUUGAUGUCAUAGAGACACCAGAAGGAGACAAGAUGCCACAACUGAUUGUUCAAAAGGAGUUAGAUAGGGAAGAGAAGGAUACCUAUGUAAUGAAAGUAAAGGUUGAAGAUGGUGGCUUUCCUCAACGAUCGAGUACUGCUAUUUUGCAAGUAAGUGUUGCUGAUACAAAUGACAACCGCCCUGUAUUCAAGGAGAAGGAAAUUGAAGUCAGUAUACCAGAAAAUGCUCCUGUAGGUACUUCAGUGACACAACUCCAUGCCACAGAUGCUGACAUAGGUGAAAAUGCCAAGAUUCACUUCUAUUUCAGCAAUCUAGUCUCCAAUAUUGCCAAGAGAUUAUUUCACCUUAACACCACCACUGGACUCAUCACAGUCAAAGAACCCCUGGAUAGAGAAGAAUCACCAAGUCAUAAGUUACUGGUUUUGGCAAGUGAUGGUGGAUCAGUGCCAGCAAGAGCAAUGGUCCUGGUAAAUGUUACAGAUAUCAAUGAUAAUGUCCCAUCAAUUGAUAUAAGAUACAUUAUCAAUCCAACCAAUGGCACUGUGGUUCUUUCAGAAAAUGCUCCACUUAACACCAAAGUUGCUCUCAUUACUGUAAUGGAUAAGGAUGCUGACCAUAAUGGUAGAGUGACAUGCUUCACAGAUCAUGAAGUUCCAUUCAGACUAAGGCCAGUAUUCAGUAAUCAGUUCCUCCUGGAAACUGCUGCAUAUCUUGACUAUGAGUCCACAAGAGAAUAUGCCAUUAAAUUACUGGCCGCAGAUGCUGGCAAACCUCCUUUGAAUCAGUCAUCCAUGCUUCUCGUCAAAGUGAAAGAUGAAAAUGACAAUGCUCCAGUUUUCACCCAGCCCUUCAUAAGUCUUUCUGUUCCUGAGAAUAACUCCCCUGGCACACAGUUGACCAAAAUAAGUGCAACAGAUGCAGACAGUGGACGUAAUGCUGAAAUCAGCUACCUUCUAGGUACUGAUGCCCCAUCUGAAUUCAACCUGGAUCAUCGAACAGGCAUUCUGACUGCAGUGAAAAAAUUAGAUAGAGAAAAACAGGAAAAAUAUUAUUUCACUGUUCUAGCAAAAGAUAAUGGGAUGCCACCAUUAAUGACUAAUGCCACAGUCUUAGUAACCGUCCUUGAUCAGAAUGAUAACAGCCCAAUUUUCACUCACAAUGAGUACAACUUCUAUGUCCCAGAAAACCUUCCAAGACAUGGCACAGUAGGACUAAUCACCGUAACUGAUCCUGAUUAUGGAGAGAAUUCUGCAGUCACUCUCUCCAUUUUAGAUGUGAAUGAUGACUUCACCAUUGACCCACAAACUGGUGUCAUUAGGCCAAAUAUUUCAUUUGAUCGAGAAAAACAAGAAUCUUUCACUUUUUAUGUAAAGGCAGAGGAUGGUGGUAGGGUAUCACGCUCUUCAACUGCAAAAGUAACCAUAAAUGUAGUUGAUGUCAAUGACAACAAACCAGUGUUUGUUGUCCCUCCUUCCAACUAUUCUUAUGAACUGGUUCUCCCAUCCACUAAUCCAGGCACAGUGGUUUUUAAGGUAGUUGCCAUUGACAAUGACACUGGAAUGAAUGCAGAGCUUCGCUACAGCAUUGUAGGAGGAAACACAAAGGGACUGUUUGUAAUUGACCAAACAACUGGCAACAUCACACUGAAGGAGAAAUGUGUGGUUGCAGAUCUUGGUUUACACAGAUUGGUAGUUAAAGCUAAAGACUUAGGACAACCUGAUUCUCUCUUCAAUGUUGUAAUUGUCAAUCUGUUUGUGAAUGAGACAGUGACCAAUGCUACACUCAUUCAUGAAUUGGUGCGCAAAAGCAUCGAAGCACCAGCGACCCAAAAUAUUGAGACAGCUGAUACAUCCUCACCAACCAGUGACUAUGUCAAGAUCAUGGUUGCCAUUGUUGCUGGCACUAUAACUGUUAUACUAGUGAUUUUCAUCACUGCUGUAGUAAGAUGUCGCCAAUCACCACACCUUAAGGCUGCUCAGAAAAACAAGCAGAAUUCUGAAUGGGUUACUCCAAACCCAGAAAACAGGCAGAUGAUAAUGAUGAAGAAAAAGAAGAAGAAGAAGAAGAAGCAUGCCCCUAAGAACUUGCUGCUUAACUUUGUCACUAUUGAAGAAACAAAGGCAGAUGAUGCUGACAAUGAUGGAAACAGUGUCACACUAGACCUUCCCAUUGAACUGGAAGAGCAAACCAUGGGCAAAUACAACUGGGGCACUACGCCUACCACCUUCAAGCCCGAAAGCCCUGAUUUGGCCCGCCACUACAAAUCUGCCUCUCCACAGCCAGCCUUCCAGAUUCAGCCUGAAACACCCCUGAAUUCAAAGCACCACAUCAUCCAGGAACUGCCUCUUGAUAACACUUUCGUGGCCUGUGAUUCCAUCUCCAAGUGUUCCUCCAGCAGUUCUGAUCCCUACAGUGUUUCUGAGUGCAGCUAUCCAGUGACAACCUUCAAGACCCCUGUGUCUGUACACACCAGACCGACUGAUUCCAGGACAUCAACUAUUGAAAUCUGCAGUGAGAUAUAACUUUCUAGCAAUAACAUAAUUCUAUUAAUUUCCCCCCAAAUUUAGUGAUUUGUGAUUUCAAAAUUAGACUAAGACUAUUAAUUUUGUUAUCUGGAUUUCCCAUUAUAACAGCAAGCAAAACAAAACUACCUUAAAAAAUAAUGUCUCAGUAAACCUUACUGGGAACCUGGUAAACACCACAAUGAUUCUGCUUUGCUUUAUUUAGCUGUAAACUGGAAAUUUAAAUUUAAAAUUUAUGGAAGAAACAAUGCAUUACAAUAUCUGAGUUUUAUCAUGCUGUUUUUCUGUUUGCUUGCUCUGAAUGUCAACAACUGUGAUAUAAUAUAAUUCUGUCUUGGUGUACACACUGAUGGAUAAUGUAUUAGUCAUGAAACAUGAAAUUACUUGCUCUGAUUGCAGAAAAGUUUAAAUACCUCCAGGAGUUUGGGAGUGAUGGUGAACACUCCAAGCUACCCUCUGAAAGGUGUCCAGGGCAAGAGAUUAUUUUAAGACCAGCAAAGAAACCAACAAAAUCAGAAAACUUUUAGUAGAAUGUUUUCAAAAUAUACACUAAUAUAAUAUGUUUUUUCUAAUAAAACCAUUUUAUUUACCUACCACUCUGCUUAAAAGUUGGAUAAUAAAAAAUAAACUUUUGGGGUUUUCCUAUUGAUUAUAAUUACACAGCUCCACUACUUUAACCAUUAAACAGAUUAUUUUUGUUAUCAUCAUGUUUCCUUUUCCUACAAAUAUUUUAAAAGAAAGAAGUCCUUGAUAUUUUCUCUAUUGAAAGGAGUAUGUAAGGGGCUGAGGAUGUGGCUCAAGCGGUAGCGCACUCGCCUGGCAUGCAUGCGGCCCAGGUUCGAUCCUCAGCACCACAUACAAACAAAGAUGUUGUGUCCGCCAAAUAUUAAAUAAUAAGUAUUAAAAUUCUCUCUCUCUCCCUCUCUCUCACUCUUUCUUUUAAAAAAGAAAGGAGAAUGUAAGGUUCUUUAUACUCCCUGGUAUUUGGGGGAAAUGCAUUGAUAUUUCUUGUAUUAUGAAGCAUAACUACAGUCAUCUGAGUGUAGAAACAAACAUGAGAUUAGGUAUUUCAAAAGUGAUUAUAUCUUAAUUUUGAAACUACCUAGCAAAAAAUAAGGCACUAGAGUGACAUUAGAUUUUUACUUUUCUGACAUGAAAAUAUUGAAUAAGUAACAUUGCUUUGAGUAAUUUGCUUGAUAAAAUUCACUCACUUUAUACAGUAUUUCAGUUAACUCAUUUCCUACAUAAAUUAAUAAAUGCCUCAAUUUGGGUAUACAUUAUAUGUUAUUGAAGAAUGACGUGCUUCAAUUUUAUGCUAUGUUCCUUAAAUUGCUUUUGACUUACUAACAUUACUAACAUUUUUUUUUAAAAAAAAACUUCUUAGUACAUAAAGGGAGUAUAAAGGGCUCUUAUAAUGAUGACAUAAUAUGCUUCCUGAAUUUUCAUUCAAAUUCUCAAUUACGUAUCAUUUCUCCUUGAAAAAUAUGAGGAGGAUAUGUUCUGUUAUGUAUGUAUAGUAAAAAUAGUGUAUUAUUUUAAGUGUUCUGCAAUGUAAAGAUAUUUAGAAGACAUUAAUGCUCUAUUUAGCAUUUCAAAUUGUAUAAUUCUUGGAUAUGUGAUGUAUAGGUAAUAUUCUAAACAAGUUUCUGCUAAAUUUUAUGUUCCCAUUGACUUGAUACAGAAUCUUCUGUACCUCCAAUGACAUCAAAUUUAUUGAACAUAUUUUUUUUCUAUUUGGCUGUUUAAACAUUAUGUUAUUUAUUAAAACAAGUUUGAGUAUAACUAGUUAUGGUAAUAAGAAAUGUCAUGUAAGGUGCAGUAUUAUAUUAAAUGCUAUAAACAACUGAUGUAGAAAAAUACUUACUAUUAAAACUUACUCUUGUACAACUUCCUCACAUAGAAUAACUUUAUAGUGCUACCCCAUUCCUUCUAGAUAAAUAUUUCAGUUUAAUUCAAAUCAUUCUGAGAAAUGUAAAAAAUUGACCCAACUUAGUAUAUUCCUAAUAUCAGUGCACUGCAGAUACUAAGAUAUACGGGUAGUGAGAGUGUCUAAAAUCCAUAUCUCAAUUUAAUUGUAAAUAACCUGAUGAAGCCCAAGAACAGGCCUCCCAUAAUAUCCUACCAUGGCUUCAUGACCAUUUAUGUAUGCACUUAUUAAAUAAAUGCAUUUUAAAUGCAUGUGUCAUGACUAUCCUGGUCUCUUCUUUUCUACACACUCUGUGGGUUAAGGAAGAGUAUCUCAUUUUUUCCUACUUUGGUGACCAUUCCUUUAUGACCACAAUGAGAAUAACUCCUAAUUGUUUCUUUGUAUGUGUAAAGGUGAAAAUAUAUUGAAAUUGUUAUGUGCAGUUUUUAAAAACCUCUCUUAAUGGUUUUAUGAGUGUUGUCUUUGCAGAUGAUGAAAAUAAAAAAUUUAUUUUAAAAAUUUAUUUAUGACUGCAUCUCACAGAAUGCAGCUUCUGUGAGAAAAGAUCUUCUAAAAUUAUUUCCUUCCAGAUCUUUGUUAUAAAAUAUUUACUCAUAUAAGCCAAUGAUAAUUGACAUUUACCAGUAUUUAAAAUUGAAUCAUAUAUGGAAAUUGAUACAACUUAUGACUAUGAACUAUCCUUGAUCUAUCCUUUCCUUGUGUCUGAGGGAAUAUUUACAUCUGAGAACAAUAUGGAAGGCAUUGAAACAGUUUUCUACAAAAGAUAAAUAGGAAAAAACACAUAUCUCCACACUUAGUUUCAUCUUAGCAUUUGAUUUGGUGGUAUAUUCAACUGAAUUGUCAUAAUUAUUACAUGUCUGCCAUACACUGUCUCAGAUAUUUUCCAGUCUUUGUGUUGAAGUUAAUGGAUUUGUGUAAUAUUCUCAGUUUAAGUGUCCUUGAAAGUCUCUCUGGUUCUUAUUUUAGUCAACAAAUAAAGAAUAGCAAAUCUAAGACUCAUCUUCAUAAAUAUAUAAAAGUAACUUUUAGUGAACCUGUUCUACUGAAUCAUAAGUAUGCUAUUUAAUUAGUAAGCUACAAUGUACUGUGAAAAUUUACAAUUCAUAACUUGAAAAUAGUGAAAUACUUUGCCUUAUUUUAGUUUAAAUAAAAAUAUUUUCUAAAACUAAGAUAUUUAAGCCAUUUUAUUUCUGAAAUUAUUGUAUUCAGGGAUAGAUGUCUAAAAUUUCUAAAACAAUUUAAAUUCAGUACAUUAAUCUUUAUAUGUCUUCUAUUUUCUGUUGGCACUCAUCCACAUUUAUCAUUAAAAAUGCAUAAAACUGGGCUGGAAUUGUGGCUCAGUGGCAGAGUGUGUGCCUAGCAUGUAUGAAGCACUGGGUUCAAUUUUCAGCACCAUGUAUCAAUAAAUAAAAUAAAUAUCCAUUGACAACUAAAAAAAUAUUAAAAAAUGCAUAAAACAGAUUAAUUUUUAAAAAGAUGAUUUUAAAUUCACUAUUUUGGAUAAUAUUUACUAAGGUUUUAAUUUCAAUACAAAAUACUACUGCCUCAUUUUACUAACCUCUUGCACUUUUCACUAUUUAACUAGGUUUUAUACUAAUGUGCCUUGUAGAUGUGAAACCUGAUCUCAAUCAAAAUAAUACAGGACAAUCAGAUCCUAAGAAAUCUUUUAUGAACUAAGCCACACUUCAUAAAUGCUUACAUAGGUGCUCUUGUACAAUAUACAUAUUUUUUAAAGAUUUUGUGAAGCUUAGUUUUUUUUUUGCUUAAAUACUUUGCUUUAGAUUUAGUUUUCUAGUAUAGUCAAAGGUGCUAUGAUAACAUAGAAUUGUGUGCUAUAUAUAAUUAGUGGAUUUUUUAAAAAGAACUAAUGUGCAAUUUGUUUUUUUCAUGCAUUAUGGGUGUUCAUACAUGACAUCCAUGGUUAAUGUGAUAUUUAGAAAAAGAAGUAGGCUUUUUAAAUUCUAGAGUAGCCAUAGGCUUUCAUUCUUUUAUUGCACAUGUAAUACAUACUUGUCAUAUAAAUUUUUAAAAAAUGUUGUUAGAUUAUAGAUGAAUUUUCAUUUUUUUAAUUUCUAACUAUAUCAGUAAGUUCUUUGUAAUUUAUUUAGUCAUUUGGUUUGAAAACUCUUUAACUUUUGAAAGUGGUACAUUUUAUGUUUACAGAAUUAUUCUUCAACUUUUGGAAUUGGUGCAUUUUAAGUUUACAGAAUUAUUUGUUUUAUAUUAUAAAUUAUACAGGAUUUUUACAUAAUUUAAAGAUUUAUUUAUUUAUUAUGAAUUUUGUUUAUUUUUAUAGAUGUGUAAUUGAGUAAAUACAUGUAAUAGCAGUUGUUUAGUUGAUGGUAUAGUACACAGGCAUUCUACAAAUCUCUCCAUACAUAUGAGACUAACCUCUUUUCAGUGAAAACAUCACGUUUUCAUGAGAAAGCACUUUUUUUUGGUUAAAAAAUAGCAUCUACAUUUCCACUAAAAGUUCCCUUAGCAUUAACAACCAAUUGAUUUAUUUCAAGAAUUCUCAUAACCAACUCUUACCUCUUGUGUAUUCUAUAUAUUCUCAAUUAAAAUAGUUUUAGCUGUUCCUUUUAAAGUGUAUAAUUAUAUUAAAUUAUCCACAAUACACUGAUACUGUGCAAUUAGGAAUAAAACUUUUUGACAAGUAAAACAAUCACAUUUAUUUAGAUUUAAUAUAUUUAAAUUGAUAUAACAAAAAUGAAGUAUUUCAAUUGUUUUUCUAGAAAUAUUUUCACGUUUCUCCCUUAUUAUGGAGCCUUAUAUUUGUUAAUUAUUCAUUGAUUUACUUCAUAAGAUGUUAUUGUUUUUGAAAUGCAGUUGACUUUUAAAAGCAUCUCACUCUUUUUCUCUUAAAACUUGGCAAAACCAAUGCACAACAAAAUAAUGUUUUCAUUAGAUACUCAGAGAAAAUUUUAAAUAAUACUGCUUUUACUUGAUGGUAGUUAAAAGGAAACAAAUCUCAAAUUCUGAUGAAAAAUAUUAUUUACAAAAUUUAUACAAUAAACUUUAAUAUUUACUUACUUGUUUAAAUCUGUGUCUGAUCUAACCUCAAUUACAAAAUUGAUAGAGAUCAUCAUUUCAAUAAUAUAAUUGAAAAGAAUUGACUGAUUGAUUCCCUUACACAAAAAUAUUUCCAGAAAAUCAAACAUGCUGCUCAAAGACAUAUUCAGGGUCACAACCUUGAAGUAAUUAAAGUUUUAAAAUAAUUUUGACCUGCUCUUUUGUCAUGUAAACACAAACAUAAUCUCAUAUUCAAAGGUGGAACAAACAUACAAAAAUGGAAUUUCAUGGAUUCUGGAAAACUACUUUAUGAGCUCCUAAAUAAGAGACUAUAUUUCAUUAUUUAUAUACAUUUGAUCAUUUUCUCAUUCAAAAUUAUGUACUAUUAACAUUCUUUGAAAAACAAUUGAGAACCUCAUUUGUGAUGUUCAGAUUAAAUAAUUAUGAUUUUUUAACACAAAUUCAGUUAUUUAAGAGAAGGUGCUGAGUUCUCCUCCAGGUAACUAUCAUGUUUCUACAUGAUACCAAAAUAUCUGGAUGCAAAAUAUAAUUUUCACUCUGCCUGGGAUAUAUUGUCAACUCAAGAAAUUGUUUAAGUUCAUAAUGAUACAGACCUUAAUACUGCAGAACUAUAUUUUAAUAGUUUUAUUUUACAUAGAAUAGUUUGAUAUAAUUAUUUCCAAAUAUAGAAUAAUUGAUAAUAUUUUAAAAGAAAGUUUCAAAUGGUACUACAAUUCCACUUUACAUGUAUAAAUAUUUGUUGUUUAUAAGGCCAUAUACACAUUUAUUUCAAAAUUUACACAAAUUAUGGAAAUGAUAAGGAAUAUAAUAUUAAAUCUUCCUUGGCUGGAGAAUUGAAAGAUAACAACAUCAAGCCCAUGUUUAUAAAUUGAUAUAUUUGAUUGUGGCUCUUUAGGUAAAAUUUGUUUUAAUAUGCUAAGUAGUUUCUAAUACAAUGGGAUCAAAAAGGGUUAGUACCUAUAUAAGCAUACAUUUGCAUGUUUAUUUGUGUUUAUAAAGUUUCUAACAGGAAAAAGUGAUAUAAACUUUAACCUAAAAACAUUUUGUUCAAAUAUCAUGCAUCUACAUUCACAGUGCUACUGGCUCCUUUAAACUGUUGUGCCUCACUCCCAGAGUACAAUCAUCCUGUAUUCUUCAUAUGAUCCUAUUUACUCUCUCUGUGUCAUUUAGUAAAAAUUUCUGUCAUACUCAAUGCAUUAUAAAUAUGUGCUCAUGUGUUUUAUUCCUUUCAAUUAAGAUAUUUGGCUUUAAUAUAUAAGCUGUAUUUAAUAAAAUUUUUCUGUUUUCAGAAUGAUCUAAAAUCCUCUAAUAUUAGAAUAUAUAUGAAAAAAAAGAUCAAUCUGCUUUUUUUUUUACUUAAAUUUUCAAGUUCUGCUUUUGCACAAAACAAAGAAAAAUUUGCAUUGUUGAUAUGUAACUUUUUCUCAGUUGUUAUGGCCAAAACAUAAAGAUAAAUGUCUAUUAACACUGCCACCUUUAUUUUUCAUUAACACUUUAAUUUUAUACCUAUGAAAAGCAAAAGAGUCAAGUGGAUCUCUGUUCAUGCGCUGUACAAUGUCAGAUUGGCAGUUUCAUGCAUCUACAAUUUUAUUGGUUUAAUUUAUGUUUUCAUAAAGGGGUUUUGAUAUGGAUUUACCAUCAUCCUCUAUAUCCAUAUAUGUUUGUCUAUGUCUUUUAAAACACUCAUUUUUGUGAUUAUCUAAGUGUGGACUAUGGGUUGACAUACAUCAAAGGAAUAUUUAUGAGGAUAGGUCCAGAUUUCAGAUUGGGCAAUGCAUACAAUUCAAUGUAAUUUCUGUGUUUGAACAGUUAGAUCUAAAAAUGGCAGCUGAAGAAAAAUUAUGUAUGUUAAAAUUGUGAAAAUUUAAUAUACAUGAGGAUUCAUAAUGUUUUUAAAUUUUUCUUUUUGCUUUGUACUUUGUAGCUAUAAUUAAAAAGUAAACAGGUUUUGUAUGAAUAUGUUAGAAUUAAUAUUAUAGAGCAUAUUUCAACUGGAAUAUGUGUAGUUACUAACACCUGAUUGUAUUUGAUGUACUUUCAGUGCAUAAAGUGUGUGUAAUCUGUAUUAAGUGAAAUAUCUAUAAAUAAAGUUGUUUCUGCAUUGCAA